AUUUGGAGAGGUGCUAAACUUAAUAAUGGUAAAAAGUUAUAUAUCCCCUAUUUUCUAGCCACUUCCAAAUCUCAAAGCAGAGGAGAGUCCACUGCUUGUCGCCGUCGCUAAUGGCGAUUCCCCGGCGCCUCUUUCGCCUUCCCGCGGCCGCCGCAGCCACCAAUUGGUCGGCCGGAACUCUCGCCGCAGACAUCGGCGGAACCGGCGCGAGACCCUCAACGGCCGCCCUGGCUGCCGCAGCGACGGACGCCGCCGCCGCCGGCCGCGCCUCGGAGUGCCAGUCCCUCCUCCUCCGCAUGUCGCGCCGCCGCGGUGCCUCCCGACGCGAGAUCGUCUCCUCCCUCCUCGCCUCGUCCCCCACCCCACAGCCGCAGGUGUUCGACCUCCUCAUCCGCACCUACACCCAGUCCCGCAAGCCCCGGGAGGCCUUCGAGGCCUUCCGCCUCCUCCUUGACCACCGCGUCCCCGUCCCCGCCUCCGCGUCCAACGCCCUCCUUGCCGCGCUCUCCCGGGCCGGGUGGCCUCACCUCGCCGAGGAGGCCUACCGCCUCGUCCUCUCGUCCGACUCUGAGGUAAACGCCUACACGCUUAACAUCAUGGUCCACAGCUACUGUAAAAGCCUAGAGUUCGAUAAGGCUGACACUGUCAUCUCCGAGAUGGAGAAGAGAUGCGUGUUUCCGGAUGUGGUUACACAUAAUGUGUUGAUUGAUGCCAGAUUCCGUGCCGGAGAUGUGGAUGCAGCAAUUGCAUUGGUUGAUUCGAUGGCUAAUAAGGGGUUGAAGCCUGGGAUUGUGACCUUCAAUUCGGUUUUGAAGGGGUUGUGUAAGCACAGGAGAUUCGAUAAGGCAAAGGAGGUGUUCAGGGCAAUGGACCAGUGCAGUGUUGCGCCAGAUGUUCGGAGUUUCAAUAUUUUGAUCGGAGGAUUUUGUAGGGUUGGGGAGGUUGAGGAGGCGAUGAAGUUUUACAAGGAGAUGCAACAGCGUGGUGUUACACCAGAUGUGGUCAGCUUUAGCUGUCUGAUCGGAUUAUUCUCAACGAGGGGGAAGAUGGACCAUGCGGCAGCAUACUUGAGGGAAAUGAAGGGGCUUGGGUUGGUGCCAGAUGGUGUGAUUUACACAAUGGUCAUAGGUGGGUUUUGUAGGGCUGGAUCAAUGUCAGAGGCUCUACGAGUUAGGGAUGAGAUGGUUGGCCUUGGAUGUCUGCCAGAUGUCGUAACAUACAAUACCCUGUUGAAUGGGCUCUGUAAGCAGCACAGGUUGCUUGACGCAGAGGAGCUUUUGAAUGAGAUGAAGGAGAGAGGGGUUACACCAGAUUUAUGCACUUUCACAACUUUGAUUCAUGGGUAUUGUAGGGAUGGUAAUUUUGAGAAAGCAUUGCAAUUGUUUGACACACUGUUGCACCAGCGUUUGAGGCCAGAUGUCGUGGCAUACAAUAGCUUGAUUGAUGGAAUGUGCAGAAAAGGUGAUCUGGCCAAAGCUAAUGAGCUAUGGGAUGAUAUGCAUGCUCGAGAAAUAUUUCCCAAUCAUGUUACCUACAGCAUCCUAAUAGACAGCCACUGUGAGAAGGGACAAGUUGAAGAAGCAUUCGGUUUUCUGGAUGAAAUGGUCAGUAAGGGCAAUUUACCAAACAUCAUGACCUAUAAUUCCAUCAUCAAGGGUUAUUGCCGAUCAGGUAAUGUAAAAAAGGGGCAGCAGUUUUUGCAAAAGAUGAUGCAAGAUAACAUAUUGCCAGAUCUGAUUACUUUCAACACCCUGAUCCAUGGUUAUAUAAAAGAAGAAAACAUGCAUGGAGCUUUCAAUGUGUUUAAUAUAAUGGAGAAGGAAAUGGUACAACCAGAUGCUGUCACAUAUAAUAUGAUCAUAAAUGGGUUUUCUGAACAAGGCAAUAUGGAAGAAGCUGGCCGUGUUUUCAAGAAAAUGGGUGCCAGUGGAAUUGAACCGGAUAGAUAUACAUACAUGUCUCUGAUAAAUGGUCAUGUUACAGCUGGCAACUCGAAGGAGGCAUUCCAGCUUCAUGAUGAGAUGAUGCAUAGAGGGUUUGCUCCUGACGACAAAUUCUGAGGCCAGUUCUGCCCUAUUGGACAUAAGCAAGAGAAAUGCAUGUGCUUUGCAUUUGCCAGUGUCUUUGAAAAUCACACCUCCACAGAUUGCGAAGCAUCGAAGGGAUGUGGUGAAAUUCUGAGGAAAUUCUGUCUUAUGGGAAACCCAAGGGAAACAAAAUGUUCCAUUCAAAUGAACUUUGUGUUGUGGAAGUGCUUUGUUCACUAAGAUCCAUGAAUGAUGCUUUUGUUUUCUGGGCACAGAAGAAGUCUAGAAAACCUUAACCUCACAGUUGCUGAUCCUCUAUCUACACCUGUAAUUCGUUCCUGUUCUGGGACAGAUACAGAAAAAGGGGAAAUUGUUGAAGGCUUGAAGUUCAUUACUUCGGAGAGACUGCACAAAAUAUGACUAAGCAAAACUGCUGCACAAAAAGGAAACAAAAUUUGACUGGAGGUCUAAAUAUCUUCCCUUCAGUCUGAGCUCUAGAGGAGUGCAAAAGAAACAUUGAAUGAAUGGAAAAAUGAAUAAAAGAACAGUCAAUAACUACUGUACAUGUCUGAAGAUUCUCAUGGGUGUGGGCAUCUUCCUCCAGGAUUGUUGGGAUCAAAUGUGCAGCCAGACGCUCCAGGCAUCGAGGAUGUCAAGGACACCGAGCUUCCUCUUUGUGGCUGUGAUGUCUCUCUCAGGACCCGGGACGCAGCGAUGGUGGUGGCUUGUGCUGCCAGGGCCAGGAUGAAAAUGAGAACCAGAGGCAGAACUUGUUUCCUUUGGAACAUCGUGGUAUCUUGUGAACUUUAUCAAGUGAGGUGCGAAGCUAGGACUCGAGGCUAUAUAUAUUGAGUUUAUGGUUUCCGUGUUGGUUUCCUUGGCGAUCACGGUUUUGACGCGUUCUAACAGUUCUGGCACGUGGAGUAUUCGCAAGGUUGACCGCUGUAUACAGAGUCGUCCAGUGAACAAGUUCACAGAAGGAUCUCUGUUGCACAAGCACAAUGCAUUUCAGAAGUAGAAAAAUAAGAUAAUUAAUUUACUAUGUCGCAAUUUUCUUCCUUUGAAAAAAUCCACAGCAAUACAACCAAACUUCUGCAUCA